GAAGAGCAGGGUGGGAGGGGUAGAGGGGAUGAAUAAUGUGUCUUAGAGGUGUCAUUCAGGCCCACCAUCUGUGUGCUCACUGCCGUCCCACACCCAACAUUUUGGUCCAGGUGAAACCUGCUUGUAAUAGUAAUGAUUACAGUUGACAUUUGAUGGGUACUUCAUCUUCACAAGCAACCCCAUGCAGACAUUACUAUUCCCAUUUUACAGGGAGGGAAGUCAGCUACAAAGAGAGAACAAAGCUAAGUCAGUGACUGAACUAGUUUCGAACCCUGGCAGUCUGGCCAGAGCCCACACUCCUUCACUAAGCGAAACUGCACCUACCAUGAUGGGAAUAUCGGCUUUGAAAGUAGAAAGCCAGUGCAGAUGACAGAGAGGUGUGUGCUAGGGCAGCCCAUGUCUUUUUGCCCUGGUAAGGACAGGUUAAGAAACUUGGGGGCUGGCAGUGUGUACAUGGAAUCUCAGAUCUCUCUCAUCAGUGGUUCCAGAUCUUUGGAUUUGACAGAAGAGACAAAGCAAGAAAACAACAGCCAAGUCUUUACAAAGUUGCAGCUUUAAUUCAUGUACCCUAAGAACAUUCAGAACACAACUACCAUCUGUUACCACCAUUAUUUCAUAAGGGCAAGUGGAUUUUAAUUCUCGAAGUAAGAAAGACCUCAUCUGAAUAAAAAUCAGCUAUUCCCAAGAAUGGAUAGUCAUUGGCUUUACACCAACAAAUGGACAUUCCUCUCUGUGUGUGUGUGUGUGUGUGUUUCUCAUUGUGCUGUGGAUUAGUGAAACUGUCACUCUGGGGAUGUCCUGUGCCUCUUAAUCCCUCUGCUUCAUUUCAAAGCAGAAUCAAAAGUGGGCUUUAGGUGUAGUAGGAAGGAGUCAGGUUAAAGCCAAGAAGGAACUUUUCUUCUUUGGAAGUCCUUAAAGAACAGGGGAGCACUGCAUUUGCUUAGGAAAUGAGGGUUGCAGAAUCAAGUCCAUGGACUGGAGAAGCCAGGAGCUCUGGGUCCUCCCCAGAACUUUGUUCUGAAGGGUCUCUCCUCAGAUCCACUAGGGUAGCCUUGGAAACUAAAGCAGUCCCAUCCGGCAGCCAUUUCCUGCCUGAAGUUCAUGGGGUAUGACAGGUGGUUCCAUGGCAGCAGGGAGGCCUCCAGGGGCCUCUGUCACCCCUCAGCACAGGGCCCAUGUAGUCACCCACCUUGGAGCUUGGUAAAGUGCUACGAAUGACCCUUGAGGAGGGCUGAGGACAGAAAACAGGAAGGGAAGAGAACAGCCACCUGGGAGUGUUGCCUACAGUCUGGUGUAUGAUGGGUGCAGGCUCUGAGCAGACAGGCCUGGCUGGCUGCAGCAGCCUUGAGAAUGCUAUUUCUCUCCCUGUUUCCUGAAAGCCCAAGUGUAGAGCAGGACCUAGAACUUUCCAAUGGGAGCUCAAAGCCCUAUUCUAGUACAUGCUCAGUGCUGGCUCUGGGCCUGAGCCUGUCUUGGAGCUUAUCCCCUCCCUUUUCUGUCCCAGGAUGUGAGGCCAGAGGGUAAGGGGACAAGUGGGGAAGGGUCUGGUCUCACUUGUCCCAUCUUAUUGGUGGACAUCAAAUCCCCCAAAGUUGGACUCUCAUGUUUCUGGGAUGGUGGCAUUUUCUGUCUCCACGGGAGGCCUCAAGCCUCAUCUUAUCUUAUAGGAAUGGGGUGGGGCAGGGUGCUGGGCACUGGACCAUGCUACUCUGAUAUAGGCCCCAUCAUGUAAAGGUACAAACCUACCCAAUUUUAUUCCUGGAGUUCUAGAGUGGUAAUUCUGGAUCCCCUCAGAUCGCAAGUGCACAGACUGACCUAGGCCAAGGCAGUCCAUCCCUUUCUUCUCCAGUGUCACACUGCUUAAAUGGGCCUAGAGCCCCUGUAACCAGAUCCUCUGUCACUGUUGUGCACUCAAGUCCUCAAAGAAUGACAGAUGUGAUGAUUUGAGCACCUACUAAGUGCAGGACUCCCCCAAAUGUUGGAGAUGCAGGGAGAGAGAGCUGCCUUCAAGAGUUUCUAGACAGACCAGUAGAUACUACCCACUACAGGGGAACUACAGUUUCUGGAAGAUGAUGGCUUUGCCUGAGGACUGCAACACUUUAUAAAGUGCUCCCCUUGAUGGAAGGGAGCCCUGCCUGUAGAAACAUCUCGAGAUCCAGCAGUGAAUCCAUGGUGAAGAAAUAAAAGAUAGGAGGCCAGAGAGUGAGAGACCAGCCUUGCUGGUACCUAAUGGGCACAUCCCAAAUGCCCCUCCCAGAAACUUCCAAAGAAACCAGCCCAGAAGUUGGGCCUCUGCUGCCCUCUAAUGGAGGAAAGCAGCCUCUGGAGCAGCCUGCUGGUGCCCAACCAACCUGAUCCCCUAAAGAAAAGGGGAUGUGGUGGACCUUCCUGCCUUCAGACUUUUUACUCCCCUACAGUUUUGAGAUUGAUUUCCUACAGCCUCUGAAGCUGAACCCUCCCUCCUCCCAAGCACUCCUGGCAGCCCCAUUUUCCUAUACCCACUCUCUGUCCUGUUUCCCCAGGUUCCUUUGUUGCCCAGGGUUCUGAUUCUGGCACCCUGGUUCCUGGCCCUGCCAGAGUUCUGGUUCCAGAAGGCCCUUACCAGGUGCCUUGGGCCUAGCUCCCACCCAGGUGCGAGGCCACACUGAAGACAUGGGCAUGAGCAUCCCCCGGUGCCUGGGGCAUCUGGACAUCCGCAAGGGUGUCGUGGGCUUGGCCACAGGUGCUGGGUUUGUCUAUCUGCUCUACAAGGCCAUCAGGGCGGGCAUAAAAUGCCAGCCGCCGCUCUGCACUGCCUCACCCAUCUGCAUCGCCCGUGAGUGUACGGGCCCUGGGGAGAGGGCUCUGCCCCAGGAGGCACCGGCUCUCGAGGCUUCCAGUGUGGGAGGGCCCAAAGGCCUGGCAGUCGAACGAGAGCGGCACGGGCGGGACUCAGGUGAGCUCCGGAGGCUCCUCAACUCUUUGGAGUGCAAACAGGAUGAGUACACCAAGAGCAUGAUCCUGCACAGUAUCACGCGCUGUGUGUACUUGCUGGAGGCUGAGGCCUCUGCUUGUACUAAUGAUGAUAUCAGGUUGGUGGGCUCCAUGCUGGAUGACAACGACAACAGUGUCAAAAUCCAAGCUCUGAACACACUUAAAGCUUUCUCUGGCAUCAGAAAAUUCAGGCUUAAAAUCCAGGAACACUCCAUCAAGGUACUGGAACUGAUCUCCACCAUCUGGGAUUCGGAGCUGCACAUUGCAGGCCUCAGACUUCUCAACAGCCUCUCACUGCCCGACUAUGUACAUCCACAAUUGCGACGGGUGAUGCCUGCCUUGAUGGAGAUCCUGCAGUCAGACUAUAUCCUGGCACAGGUGCAAGCUAUACGAUUGCUGAGCUACUUGGCACAGAAAAACGACCUUCUCUAUGAUAUUCUCAACUGCCAGGUGCAUUCCAACUUCCUGAACCUGUUUCAGACCACACAGCCAGGGAGUCUGCUGUUCGAGAUUCUGGUGUUUGCUGAGCGGCUAAGUGAGGGCCGGAAUUCACCCCACUACCGUGCUGUGAAGUGGCAUUACAAUGAACAAUCUCUGCAUGAAGCUCUUUUUGGGGAUGAGUCACGACUGGCAGACCGGCUGCUUGCCCUGGUCAUCCACCCUGAGGAGGAGGUUCAGAUCCAGGCCUGCAAGGUCAUAGUCAGCCUGCAAUGCUCCCAGGAUGUGGGAGUCCGGCCCUCCUCCUGCCGGCCCAGUCAUUCCUACUUCAAUAGCGGGGAAUAAAGUUAAGGAGAGCCAAUAAAUGACUAUGGGAGAAAAUCUUGAAGGGCACUUUCUAUCUGAGGCCGUCCAGGGGCUGGGUGUGGUUUUAUCCGGCACGAUCCCUUCUCCGG